UUUGGCCGAAAAGUGUGUUUUAUGAAAAUUUGUGUUUUUACGCUUUUUGUUGUGAAGUGCAUUUUUGCGGUUUUGGUGGAAAAAUGUGUUUUGCGGUUUUGACGAGAAAAUGUAUUUUCGGUUUUUGACAGAAAAAUGUAUCUGAAAAGAAUUAGGAUUUUGGUAUUGAAAAAUUAUUUUGAUUUUAAAGGUUAUUUUUGUUAUUUGCAUCUGCAUCGAGAAACACCAUCAAGAUUCUCUCUCAUUUGGGUGAAAAUUUAAGAUAAGUUUAAAAAAAUUCAGAUAGAUGAUCCAUCUGAAUGUAGUAUUUUAAUAUACAAAAUGAACAUCAAUUUGCAUUUUUACUUGGAAAAGAGUUGUUUACGGUUAAUUUUGCUUUUUAUUUUAUUUUUGAUUGAAGAAAUAGUUGCAAAGUUUCAAAUGAAGCAAAAUUUGGUUUUCCUUAAAGAUGAAGCAUAAUAAAAUAAAAUACUCCUACUUAAUAGUUGACCAAAAAAUUAAAAGACUUAAUAAAGUACGCAUUUAAUUUUUGAUUGAAAAAAUUGUUAGAAAGUAAUUAAGUGUUGAUUCCUGCGUGUUGUCCGUCUUGGAUAUGACAAGAUUACAAGAAUCUAGCCAAUGUAAUCCACAAACCACUAAACGGCCACGUGGAAUUUCUCGAUCCUCAUGAUCAUUAUAUAACCAUAUUUAUAUUCCCAUAAUUGCAAUCCUUCAAAUAGCACUCAAUCAAAACGAAUCUUCAAAAAUCAUGGAGCGAUACUGUGUCAAAAGAAAUUAAAAAGUGGAUCAGCUGAUCAGUGGAUUAUUUUUAAAGUAAAUGGUUGAGAGCCAGACACAUGUCUAGGUGAUCUCUAACCAUUAUUCUAAUAUAUUGUUGAAAACAUGUAACAUAUGUACCACACGCUAGAACCCUACCAACAUAUCUAUACAGCUGUAAUAUUAAUGCGUCUACGUUUAAAUUUGUGAUUUAAUUAUAUACAAUCAACAUUGUCCAUAUAAAUUCUUGUGUAAAUAUGUGCAUGUAUCUUUUGGGAAACCAUCAUAUAUAUGCAUAUGACCAAAGAAUUUAGUGUUAAUUUACACAUUGAAAGAGCAAUAUUUCGCUUCGCCAUUUAUGGGUUUCGUCUAUCGCACUCGGUGAUAUAUACUGAUAAUAGAACGCUAGCAUCUAGUGGCGAAUCAUUUGUGCGUACACGCAAGAGUGACACCUACCUAAAUUUCCACAAUUCAUCUAUAGCCCCGUAGGCACUGUUAUUUAGUUAUUCGAUAUACAUUAUAUAGUCGGUAGUUAAGAAAAGAGUAAAUUAUGAAUAGAAAAUAUCAAUAGUGUAUACGAAUCCUGUUGGAUGGAACCAUGAACAGUAGAGUUUGCAAUCAUUAAACGCAAACGCUCUUAUAUGCAGUAUUUGCACUUUUCCUCGUAUUAUUAAUUUAUUAUUCACAAAUUUGAAACGCUAGCAUGAAUGAAAACAUCACCUGUAAUUAUAUUCUUCGUCUGUUUAUAUAUCUCACGUUUUCAGUCUACACUUGAAACAAUAAACUGUAGUGAGAUCAUGAUGUAAGCAAUUUCUUCACCAUCUGUUUGUAUUUCACGUUUGUCUAGCAAUAUUAUUUUUCAAACAUAAUGGAUAGGACGCACAUUCAUUUAAUUAUACAUAACAUAAUAACAAUUUUUAAAAGUAGUAAUCAUGUAUCAUCAAUAUAUAUACAUGCACGACAAUGUGUUUUCGGAUUAUAUAGCAUAUUAGCAUGUUAUCGAAAAAGUUACAUAUUAUUUUUUUAGAAAUCAUGCACGAAUCACUUAAUAAAAUGUUAUAUAACCAAAAUGUUUUUAACUUAUAAAAAUAUUUCAAAAUCAUUUGCGAAACUUAUCAGAAAAUAUAGGGUUAUCUAGUGUUUACGAUUUUUUACUUCCAUUUUUUGCAUUUUAACUAAUAUGAUUAACAAUCGUGCUUGCACUUGUAUAUAAUUUUAUGUUCGUGAAAAGUAUAACAUGGUGCUUAUGUUUAAGUGUUUUUUGCUUGUAAUUGACAAAUUAUUUUGGUAAUGAAAACAGUAAACCAGUAGAGGAAAAAUAAAAAAGAUAUAAACCAUAAAAACAAAUACAAAUAUAAUACAGAUAUUACCAGUUUAAUUAAUUAGAGAAUCAAACUACUAUUUUAGAUGGCUAUGCGAUGGUAUUAGUUAAUCAGAUCCGUCAACGUCGAUAAAAGUGGGGACAUGGUGCGAGAUCGAGUCAUAAAGUUAGCAUAAGUCAAGUGUCAUCAGCAGUCAGGAGCGAUGCACCUUAAACAUCGAAUUCGACCAUACAAUUUUCAUGGAAUAUACCCGCAGUUAAAAUUUCUCUUAACUUCUAAGUUUUAACAUUAUAAAAUAACAAAAAGCAUUGUUUUGAAAAAAACACAGAAUCAUGAUUACAAUAUGAAAGAGAGAAAGAUUGCGAAUCCAUGAUUCAUAUACGACCAUGUUCGUUCUCUUCUCGAAAAUGACACUAAGGAUCACGAUUCAAUUAAACAGUGAACCAACCUUUUGUAAUGGAAAAGAUAAUUCAUACUUAAGCGACCGUGAUCUAGCCAUCUAGGAAUGAUCAGUACCAGAGCCGUGCUCGUGUUACAAGAAAGGCGCCUUAGGCCCCCAGUUUGUAUUUUAUAUUUUAGGGCCUCCAUUUUAGUAUAUUUCACUUCAUGCUAGCUGUUAUAGAAUUUAAACUUUCAUAUGUAUUCUUAAAUUACUAUUUUUAUUCUUCUCCUCAUUUUUCAGAUUUUGUAUCAGAAAUUUUUUUAGCUCAUUUAAUUUUAUUUCUAAUAUAUGUCGUAGUAAUACAUUUCUAACUCCACCUUUUAACCUAUCUAAAUUAACAUAUAUUUGAUUAAAUCGUUACAAAGUUAUCAUAGAUAAUUUUAAAUAUGUGUAGUUUUUUUAGUAGACUAUAUAAUUUAUAUUCUUGUAAGAAAAUUUUUGUUUGUUUCAUCAUAUGAAUUUAUAAAUAUAGAUAUAUAAUUAUCCAGGGGUUUAUGUAAUACAUGUUUACUAAAAAAAAUUAUGGAAACCUUUUUCUUUUUCUUUUGGUGUAAUAUGGAAACCUUUUUUAUUUUAGCCAUAGGCCUCCCAACACCUAGGCACGGCACUGAUUAGUACAUGUACCCCGCUUGGGACGUUUCAUGUUAUUCACCAGAGGAGAAAAAUCCCUACACCGAUUUCAUAUUAAAAAUGAUUUUUGAUAUUGCAUUUCAGAAAGAAAAAGCAUUAAUCGGGUUAUAUGAAUUAAUAAUACUUGAAUCGUAUACGUUCUUUAAAUAUAUACAAACUUUAAUCGGGUUAUACCAAUUAACCGAAUAAUAGUACUCGACUCGUAGGUUCUUUAAACCUGUACCAGUUAUUUAGCAUAUACCCAAAAUAGAACUAUAUCAUUCCAUUUUCGGUUCGGUUGGUUUACUUAUAUAAACACCCGUUACUUAACUAGAUAGAUUUGAGCCGAAUGUAUAAAUAUUAUAAUGGGCCGAACGAAAUUACCUAUGGACCCAAAUAAAUGCGAAUACUCUUGACUUAGAAAGUAACGAUGGUCAAAAAGAGCCAGAAGCCAUCUCUACACGAAAGGGAGUAUGGGACAACCAACUAGGUAAAGUUCUACUCGAUAUAGGGAUGUAAAAAUGGGAUUUCUUAUAUGAACAAGACGUAUAUAUUAGUUUAUGGCACUAUCCAAAAUGUUAAGACGCGAUAGAAGUUGUGUUAUGUUCUCCUAUUCACCUGUCAUGUUCAAAUGCUGGUUCAAUGUUGAAUAGUUUGAUCGGACUUAGUAAAGAAAGAGGCAAACUCAAUUGUGGGUUACUUCGAAAGUGUUUUAUUGAUAAGAAAAGAAUGAGGUUUCAUAGUGCAUGAACUGAGGAAAAAUUGGCACUCGUUAGAGUUGGCCGGAAAAGUACAAGUCGGCAAAAAAUAAUAAAAAAUAAAAUACUAAUUUAUAGCUGUCAGCCUCUAUUUUUCCAGUUCGGAUCUCAUUCUUGAUUCUUCUUGUCCUUCUUUUAUAUGUAAAUCUACUUUUCUUAUUUCCCUAAGUCGGUUUAACCUAAUGGGCCGAGUUGUGCUUUACAGGCCUUUGGACUGAGCGUUCGGGAUAUUGAGCCGAGCUCAUGGCGCCAAGUAAAGUCAAGCUGUCUAGCUAGGCAAUAGCAAAUGAAUAUGAGAGUCGUUUAUUCUGGAGUGGUGGAAAGUGGAUUGGCUUAUUAUGAAGAUUGACAUUUAGGGGGCAAGGGGGCCGAAAGCCACCUUAUCGUUAUACGUGAAGCAGAUGCCUCUCGUCUUCUUUCGAGGCCAAAAAUGAUGCAUAAAGACCACAACAUUCAUACUAUGUUGGUUGUUAGGCACACCUCUGCACAAUUGGUCAUGCAAUGUCGAGCUUGACUCUGAACAAGUGCUCAUGUUGACGUCGGGCUCGCCUCUUCAACCAGGUUCGUACGAUUGUCAGGGGUGUCGUUUAACAAGGUGGACAUAUGCCUAAGUUUGUAUAUUUAACUGAGUUAGUUUUCUCUUAGAUUUGGAACAGUCAUUUAUGAGAGUGAGAAACUCUCAUUCACACGAAAUAUGUAUACUAGAUGUAUUGUCAAAAUGAUAAAUCAAGACUUUAAAUGGUAACCACAUCAAAAUAAAUAAAGGGUUAAUAUAUGAAAUUUGAAAUGAACAUUUUAGUUAUAUAGGCUAAAAUGAAAUUUUAAUUAUUCACUACAAUUAGUUAUAUUUUACAGAUUUAUUUAAUAUUGUAGAAUGUAUAACAUCAAGUGAAUUUAAAUACUAGCGAUAAAAAUCAAGAGAAAAUGAAAACGUAAGAAAAAAAAGAGUAAAAGAGUAAAUAUUUCACAUUUGAAUUCCUUUAUAAAAAACUAAGAUAGAAAACAAACUAGCACAACAAUAACCAAAAAUAUAACCAAAAUAAUAGAUAAAUGAAAGUUGGAACCCAAAAUUAUAUAUCUAAAGUGGAGUGUGAGACAUUUGCCUUUUUUUUAGCACAUGAGCCUGCAUGACCCUGAUAAAUUAUUAUCUUUUUUUCUUUCUCAUAUAUCAAAAACCAUCGAAAAGUAAUUUCUUGGAGGAAAAAUAUACCUCCAACUACAGUAAAUCACAAAACUACAUAAAAAACUCUAUAUAAUGAAAAUCGCUAAAAGAUGACCCAUAUGAUACGGUCGAUGAAACAAAUCAAAUCAUAGUUUGGCUCGAAUAGAUUUGCCCAGUUUAAGGCCAAAAGCAAUGUAUGUCAAGCUCGAACCACAAUGACCACCAAGUCAUGUAAAAAUUUCCAUUUCAGUGGAAACAUAGAAAUAGAAUCUCCCAAGAGAAAGCAGAGAGUUUAAACAUCUGAGCCAAAGUCAUGGCACAGAAACACAUCCCUUUUUUUUCUCGGACAGUCACAUUUCAUGACAGAACAUAAAGUUAAAAGAAGGAUUAAAGCACUGUGAUUCCAUUACUCACCGAAUCUCUCUUCUGUCCUUUUUCUUUCUCCUUCCCACCCCCAUUUUCUCUCCUUUCCCAUUUCUUUCUUCUUUUUUCUCGUGAUUCUCCGGACGCAACCCGCAGAUUCAACCCGACAACAAACAAGGUUCUAUCGGGGAUGGAGGCUAAGCUACUGAAGAACCCCACUAUUUACAACUCGCCAAGACUCAGUCUCGCGGCUCAUUCUUCCACACCUGUCUCGUAUCUACCGGGUAUAUCAAGAUUUGGACAACCUGGCGCUCUCCCACUCCGUCUCUCCGCAGUAACACCGAUCCGAUCCUCCAGGAGGGGCCUACGGGUGGAUGAGAGUGAGAGCCUGACACUUGACAGCAUAAGAAACUCUUUGAUUCGUCAAGAGGACAGCAUUAUCUUCAACCUUCUUGAGCGAGCUCAGUAUCGGUACAACCCUGAUACUUAUGACGAGGAUGCUUUUACCAUGGAAGGGUUUCAAGGAUCUUUGGUCGAGUUUAUGAUCAGAGAAACCGAACAGCUUCACGCUAAGGUGGACAGGUACAAAAGUCCAGAUGAACAUCCCUUCUUCCCACAAUGCUUGCCUGAGCCAGUCCUUCCCCCUAUUCAAUACCCACAGGUUCUACAUCAUUGUGCCGAUUUGAUAAACAUCAACAAGAAGGUGUGGAAAAUGUAUUUCAAACAACUUCUUCCCAGACUGGUCAAGCCAGGGGACGAUGGUAACAGUGGUUCAUCUGCUCUCUGUGACACAAUGUGUUUACAGAUACUUUCAAAAAGAAUUCACUACGGUAAGUUUGUUGCUGAGGCCAAGUUUCGUGAAAAUCCAUCUACCUAUGAAACAGUCAUAAGAGAACAAGACCGGACACAGCUGUUGCGACUUCUGACGUAUGAAACGGUUGAAGAAGUAAUCAAGAAAAGAGUUGAGAUCAAAGCUAGAAUUUUCGGUCAAGACAUAACAGUCAACGAUCCAGAAACUGGAGCUACUGACCCUUCCUACAAAAUCAAUCCUAGCUUAGUUGCUAAACUAUAUGGAGAAGGGAUCAUGCCACUCACAAAGGAAGUCCAAAUUGAGUACUUGCUUAGGAGGCUGGAUUGAUGUUUAUCAAGAAGAAGGAACCAUAUCAUUUGUAUUUGAUCUUAAUUUAUAAAACUAUAAUCUGACAUAAGCACGGAAAGUUAGCUAGUUAAGUUGCCUGGGCAUCGAUUCUGCAAAUGGAUGAAAUGGAUAUUGUGAUGCAUAUAAAAACAGAGAGUCACAACAAAUAUAAAAAAAAGCAAAAAAAACAUGACAUACUGUUUGUCGAUAAUGAAAUCGACUGAGUAGUGUAAUGAAAAUACCUAUACAAGUUGGAAGAGUUUUUCAUGCGCUGAAUAAUGAAAGUUUGAUUACAAUCGAAAUUGAAAUCAUAGAUUGCUCAAGAGCUGAUCUGAUCCUUUUUUUUUUUUAUCAACUGCUGACCUGAUCCUAAAGGCCACAAAAAAAAAAGUAAAAGAACCUAUAGCAUGAAGGAAAGAUCUAAAAAAAUUGCAACAACAAACAUAGAAAUAAAGUUUAGCAACAAGUAUCAACUGAGUUCCUAACACAAGUGCAGAAGUGUUUCCUAAAUCCUUUGCUGAUCGAAACCAGCUGAGAAGAGGAGCUGGCAAACACAACUUACAGUUAUUUAAUCCGUAGGUUUACAAGAAAAUAAGAAUUCUUUUGAACAGUAUAUAUUAUGUGAGUUGAACUUCUAAUGAUGAUGUAACGUUACUAGUACAAACCACUAGACUAUAGUUCAUGGUCCUUGCCUCCUUGGUCAAUCUUGAAAGAAUUCUUAGUUUUAAGUUGUUGUCAAAUUUUAUCACUGAGAGUUUCCAGCAAAGGGUUUCAGGUUUUCAGAGAGACAAGUGCUAAUGAGAUUCGAUCCUAAGGGCUUUUCUCUUCUUUUUUCCUUUUUGUUCCCUUGCUCUUCAUCUUUGAAUAGAUCAAUCUUCAGUCGCUUGUUAUCUGGUGGCGUGGCUAGAAUUUCUCCAGCGUUCCUCUUCGACCCGGUGAGUUUUCUCCUCUCUGGCUUCCUCAAGGGCGGUGGUGGGUUUUUCUCGUCCAAGCUCUCUGUGGUGGCGUGUUUAUUGCUCGCAUCAGUGAAGGGGGAUAGCAGUGAGCCGUGUCGCGGAUUUAGCGGUCAUGAAGCGGUGGGUGUUUAGGUUUCGUUGUGACUCAUGAGUAAGCCCCAGUUUUGGAGGACGGCGGAAGGUCAUGAAAGGAGUCUCGACGGAGCUGCCUUUAGCUGGACCUGCUCUCUUUCCUGGAUCCUUGCUUUUGUGGCUCUCGGUGAGCUUCUCACUCGUAGUCCUUUGCCAGUGUGCUCAGUUCAAGCGGUGAACAUUUUAUCCGAUAUCUGAAUCCGUAUUCGAACCCAACCUGAAAAACCCGAACCAAAGUAGUAAAAUAUCCGGUAUUUAAUUAUGAGAGAUUAGAUAUCCUAACUCUAACAUGUAAUAUCUGAACCCGAAUGAAUAUCAGAAGAUAACCGAACAUAUGAAUAGUUGACCUUAUAUUUCUAGUUUACUUCUCUAAUUUUAUUCAAAAUAUUUAUAUUGAUAUUGCACAUGACUCAAAAUCAGAUAAUAUAUAUAGAAUUAUGGAAAAAAAUCAUUUGCUACUCACUUAAAAUACAUAUCAAACUCUUGUUUCUUACAUUAACAAAAAUUGCCUCCAAAAAUAAAAAAUAACAACUAAAUUAGUGUUUUUCUACUUUUAAUAGUUUAAUCUAUUAAAAAUUAGAAAACAAGUUAAGUUAAAAAUAUAUAUUUUAAAUACAAAAAACUUAAAUAAUGAAGAAUUUAAUUUUUUCCUUUAAAAUAUAAAUAUCCAAACCCGAAAUAACCGAACCCAAACUUAAAAUACUCGAAUCCGACCCAAAAUGUAAAAAUACUAGAACAGAUUAUGUACCUCUAUACCGAAAUACCCAAAAAUCCGAAGUACCUGAUUCGAACCUGGAUAGGUAUCCGAACGCACACCCCUACUCAGUUCUCCCCCCUCUUCCAUGGUGGAGGUUUCUCGGUUGGAUCCUCGCCUUUGGCACUUUGAGUUUGGAGCUCUCUCGAGAGCCGCAAUGUUGCUUAAUGUCUAGAAUUUAAGUUUUUUGGCUCUUUUGUAGCAGAUUGGCUGGUUAAACUUUAUGUUUUAUGCCGAUGUAACUUAUCUAUUCAAUUAAAACUAAAGUAUAUUUUAAAAAUAACCCUUAUUUUAUCAUAAUAAUGACAACUUAUGUCGUCGAAUUAAUAACUAUUAAUCACAAAUCCUUCAUUUGUUAGAUUAUUGUUUAACCAAACUUGUAGUUAUUCUCAGUAAAUCAUGUAACAUGAAUGGUACUGUCUUAUACAUGUGCAGAUUAUAUAUAUAUAUAUAUAUUUUUGUCAUCAGCAAUGUGCAGAUUAUAUAUUUUAAGCAAUCAAGCAAGCUGAAACUUCCAACCCAUGAAGGUUGUUGUAAGGCUGGUAACACUAAGUUUGGUAGUAGCAUGUUAUACUUGGUUUCUACUGUAAUGAGUUCUAACACUACAAGAAACCGGCUCAUUUCUGACCGACGAACAGAUUCCCGACAAAACGCCGGUCGAAAAUUCUGAUGGAUUCCCGACAGAUAGUUUCCAUCAUGAAUAUAUCCGUUGGGAAUCCGUCAGGAAAAUUUCUGACGAAUUUUCCAUGAAUUAUUCCCGACAGAAAUUAUAUGUUGGGAAUUUGUCGGAAUUUUUUUUAAUUACCAAAACAUAUAAUAAAUAAAAUGUCAUCAAUUUUUAAAUUACAUAAAAUUAUAAUUUUAUUAAAAUAAAUAUAAUAAAAAUUAUUUAUUAAUUUUUUUUUAAUAAACACAUUAUAAUCUAUAUCCUUUAUCAAACUAAUGAAAACAACAAAUCAUAAAUUAAUAAAUUCUAAAUUAACAGAUUUAUAAAGUUAUAUAAAACAUUUUAAAUAUAACGUUUUAAAAUGUUUUUUAAAAAUAUAUAAAUAUAUAAAAAGUUAUAAAAUAUGAAAAUAAUUCUAGAUAAAAAAAAUAUCUUGUAAAUUUGAAAAAUACAUGUUUUGUAAAAUAUUAUUUAUAAUAGAAGUAUUUCUAAAAUAGUAAAUAUCAAAAAAGCAUUUUUUAUACAUUAAAACAUUUAUAAAAACAUUUAUAAGUUUGUAAAAUUAUAAUAAAUGUUUUGAAAAAGUUUUUUUUUUUAAAUAAUAUAAUUACUUUAAAUUCAAAAUAUGUUUUAAAUAUCUUUUUGAAUAUUUUUCCAACACAAAAACAUUAAAUUAACAAAUCCUAAAAUUAAUAUCGAAAUCUUACAAAACAUUUUAAUCCUAAAUUCAUUCAAUCUUAAAGCAAAAAUCUCUCCUUAAACUAACAUCUAAAACUACAUCUUAAAAUCAAAAUAAAAAUCUCUAAAACUAAUAUUCAAAUCCUUGAACCAACAACUUAACAUAAAACUAAUCUACCAAUCCAUUUUAAAUAAAAAAGAAUAGGGAAGAGAAAUAUUUUGUGUUCUUGAGGAAAAAAAGGAGUUUAAUGUACUUUUGAAAGAGAAAAGAGGGUUAUGUAUUUGAGAGAGAAUAUUUUGUGUUCUUGAGCAAACUGCCUUAGGGUCCAACUUGUAAGUUCCUCAUUUUAGUCUCUCUUUCAAUUGGUUAUAUUGUAUAUAUUUCGUUCUAAGCAAUAAUAUAUAUAUGCUAUUUAGAUUUAUUUUGUGCUAUUUUAGACUUUGUAUUAUAAUUUGUUUUAGCUUGUAUGAUUUAAUUUUACUAUUGUAUUAUAGUAAUACAUUUAUAGGCUUGCCACUUAACAUAUCUAAAUCAGCAUAUAUUUAAUUAAAUAAUUACAAAAUCUUCAUAGAUUAUUUCAAACUUGUAUUUUUUUUGCUUAAUAAACUAUGUAGUUUGUAUUCCUUUAGGAAAUAAUGUGUUCAAUUUUUCAUAUGAAUUUAAAAAUAUUAAAUAUAUAAUUGGUUGUAAGGUUUUAUGUAAUGAAUAUUUAUUACUAAUUAUGGAAACAUUUUUACUCUAGCCUUAGACCCCUAAAAACCUAGGCACAACACUGAAAGUAGGUGGUUAAAAAGCUAAAUGCUAUAUGGUCGAAUAAUGGACUCAAUGGACAAUCAAGGAAACAUUAGUUUUCACAUGGCAGCCAACAGUGGCUACCUUGAACUCAUAGAACUUUUAGCUCGGCCUAUCUCUACUCUCCGUCAGAAACAACAUGUGACACCUCCUUCAUGAUCAAAUCUCGUGUUUCUAGACUCCAGUGUUUGAGAGGCUUGAAAACACACUGAGAUCAUGAACUUUCCUAUCACAUCCGCCGCCUUGAAGUCCCCCGGAGAUGUUGUGAACUAAAAGUGAAGGGACACACAGCUUUUCACUUUGGCAAUCCCAGGGAAUGUUACUUUGGAGUUUGUUUAUAUGCUCGUGUCUGUGAAAUUGAUCGGUAUUAAGAUCAAGGAUGAUUUUGGCAUGACUCUGUUUGAUAUCAUCAAGCACAAGCCACACUUUCCAACGUUAGAUCUUGUUUCGAUGGUUGGUCUCAUUCAGUGGGACGUUCAGUUGUCGUGUUCAAGACCAUCACAAGUGUGGUCGCGUUUCACUUGGAAAUACAGAGGAAAUGUUUGCAAUCUAAAAUCUUGACUCGGGGUAUUUGCUUAAUUGGCCAGCUAAACGUAUUGGACAAGAAUCAUCAUUUGUAUACUCUACAUGAAUCACAAAAGGAAGCUUUUAGAUUUUUUUUUGUAGCAUUUUAAUUCUGAAUUUUGCCUUGCCUUGUUAAAGUUUCCAACAUUCAAAAAAGUAAGAAAACUCUUUACACAAAUUCACAACACAUUAUGCAAUUAUUAUCAAGAGAAGAAAUCAUUUAUCUUUAAAAAACAGUUUUAUGCUAUAGAGAAGAAAAAAUUAGUGUUCUUUUUAUCAAUCUUUUGCCUUUUAAACGGUUAUAAAAUAUUUAUAUAUAAAUUCAUUAUAUCAAAUAAAGAAAAACUUUACAGCAAUUCUAAAUUGUUUCAAGUUUGCUAUUCUAUCUAAAAUAGUUGUAUUUUUUGUAGUGUCUAAAAUAGUUAUAUAUAUAUAUAAAAAGUUACGACUCUUAGAAGUGAAAAUUUCAUCAUCUAUUUAGAUAGUGAUUGCCUUAAAAAAACAUACGAUUAUAUUUAAUUAUACAAUCAAAAUUAAGUAUAAUUUUCAAUAAAUAAAAUAUAAAUUUAUACGAAACAAUCUCUUACACGUGUAUCGCAGCUAUUUACCUAGUUACUUGCAAAGAGACUUGCGACAUUACAUUAGAUUUGAUCACGUUUUGGUUUAUCUCUAAUAAUCUACUGUCACUAAGAGAAAACUGACACGAAAACUUUGAUGGCUUAACCGGCUGAUAAUUGGCAACUGGUUACACAGUGCACGGCAUUAACAUUAAUUCUGAAUUAAUUUUCAUGUAUCAAACUUGCUAUGUUUUAUUUAAUUGUCGUUUUAGAUUUGUACACAUAGAUUGAAAAAUAUUUUAUUUUGUAUAUCUAAAUAUAUUCUAAUAAAAAAUAAACUCAAAAGUUUUAUUAAUAAAUUAAAUCUAAAACGACGCUUAAUUUGUAACGAAAAUUUUACGAUAUAACGACAAUUUGAAACGAAAAGAUAAUAAUGUAAUAAAGGCGAUAGAUAGUAGAUUUUGAAAAUGUCAAGUCAGUGGAUCUAAACUUUAUGUAAGAACGAAUCUUAAGUUAGAUCUAUCUAAUAGUAAUAAGUACCAUGAAAAUAUAGGUGGAAUUUUAAAAUGUGGAACGUUUAUGGAAGCUUGCAGUAUUGGUAGACUGGUAGGUGGGGACAACUCGAGCCCUCUCAACAACAAGGUUCGGUGGGCAUUUUUUUUUUUUUUUUGCAACUAUUCGGUGGGCAUUUCAGAUGAGAUUAAUUAGUUAGUAUUAUAAUUAAAUAGAUAUCGUUGAAAAAUUGAUCUGAAUCUGCAUAUAAUCAGUUUCUUCGUUACUUAGGGAUGAUUUGUGCUCGUUUAUUUUAGCUAGGCUUAAAGAUAUGUGCUCGUCACAAACACUUUUGAACGAAUAAAGAAAAUAUAGCCACACGUGUAUAUAAAACCAAACACAGACGGGAAGAAAGAAAGACACGGGAGGAGACAUGGAGAAGCCCAUCAACCUACAGCAAAUCUAACAGGAUCUCUUCAUUGAAAGGAAGAGGAGGACCACAUUUAUUGUAUACUAGAGUAGAUAGUUAGAUGUGUUUUAAUUUUCACUAUCUAAAAAGAAAUUAAAAAACAUAGAUCAAAGUUUCACAUUUAUUGUAAACAUGUUUUUGAGAGGAAUUUUUUUUUUAAAUCGACAACAUACCGAAGAAAAAGGACUAUCAUCACGAUACUCAUGUCAGAAUAACACUACAACGGUAACAUUGCCAAUAAAGCUAAGACAUGGUACACUGAUUCCCUAAAGCGAAAUAAGGUUUUGAAUGUUUUAUAGUGGUCCGAGGAGAACGCACUGCAGGACAAAAAUUUAUUCACCAUUCAGCCAAAUUUUUGUUGCUUUUGUUUUUUAUUAAAAAUAAAUAAAUAAAACUUUGAAUGGUAACAGGUUGAACGAUGCGAAUAAAGCGAAUGCACGGUACGGUUCAACUGCGGUUUGUAUAAAAAAUAUUUAUUGCGGGACAAUUGCGGUUCGUCAAAAAUAAACGGUUCAAAACAAAAUAUGAAUGAUGACAUAUAUAAUGAAUAGUAUAACUUCAGGAUAUAUAUAAUAUAUUUAUAUUUUAGAAACUAAAAAAUAAGUGAUACAAAUAUAAUUAUAUAUUUUUAUUUUUAAAAAUAUUUUAUAUAUCUGAAAUAUGAAAUUAAUAUGGUAUUAUUGAUAUUUAUGGCCAGUAUCGCAUUUUAUUUAAAAUUUAUAAUUGCUCAAAUUUGAAUAUUUAGAAAAUUCAGUUCAUUUUUUGAAACUUGGUUCAGUUUAGUUAACAAAGUUAAAAACCGGCUAAUAUCCAACAUAAUCUUGGAUCCCAUUUGGUUCCGAUUUGGUUUCAGUUUUUUCGAUUAGUAUGUUUAAAUUCAGCAAAUUUGAUUUUUUUCAGAUAAAAUAUCAGAUUUUAAGCAUUUUUAUUUAUUUUUUUGGAUAAAACAGAAAAUUUUAAAUAUGUUUGGAUAAAAAUUAUUCUAGUAAUUUUUUAGGUAUUUCAAUUUAUAGAUAGUAUUUUUUAAAAAAUUAUUUGAUUAUUAUUAAACUAAAUAUAGUUAAUAUUUAUAAGUAUAUAAAUUAAAAUCUACAAAUUUGGAUAUCUACUCAGGUAUUGAUUCGGUUUUAGUUUGGUUUUGAUUCUUUAGUUUUAGAGAUGUAGGAUUUGCUCGGAUAACUGAUAGGAUUCAAACCUGAACUUAAUUUAUUUUUCUGGUUUGAUUCUUCGGUGCUCAGAUUAAUGUUCCAGAUAAUAAAAUUAAAAUUAUUUUUAGCAUUAUUAGUUUGUUACCCAAGUAUUACGUAUUUAAAUUUUAGUUAAACCUUAGUUUAUGUAUGUUAUAUAGAUGAAAUAUUAGUAGAUGUAUUUAUGUUUUCCUAUAUUUUAAUAACUAAAAACCAGAAAAUAAAUUUAUCUACAUUAAUAUGUGUAACCACACCUCAUUAUUUUCUUUUCUGUUGAGGGAGUGGUCACUAACAAAUAUGCCCCGCACUUGAUUUUUACUUUUCUUAUUUAUUUAAUUUUAACAAAAACAAAAGCAACAAAAAUUUGGCUGAAUGGUGAACAAAUUUUUGUCCUGCAGUGCGUUCUCCUCGGACCACGAUAAACAUUCAAUGAUAAACAUUCAAUGUUUCAGUAGUUUUGUACUUUUGUUAUAUCAAUAAAGUUGGAUAUCCAGUUACAAACAUAAUAAAGUUAGAGAUAUCAAUAUUAUUUGGUGAAACAUAUGAUUGGUUAAAACUGAUAUCGUGUGGUCACCUCGUCUCAUCGAUUUGAAGAUUCGACACGGCUCAUCAUGCAUGUGCGUAGGUAUAACAAGAUUUCCUUAGUUGAAAUUCCAUAUUUCUCUAAAUUACUUGGUCAUAAUGUUCAGUAGUUUUUGUCGAUAUUAAUUGGUGAAACGUUUUAAAAACAAAAAACCUUGGUGAAACAUAUAUAUAAUUUGGUUAUUGCUGAUUCAGCUCUAAUUUUUUGGGAUUGGUAUCAAUAUUCAACUAGGAAAUCUAGUUACAACUACGCACAUUGUUGGCUUCGAAUCUUUAUUUUACGAUCAAUAAAUAUAUAAAUAUGUUAGCAAAAAAAUAUAAACACAAGCUUUAAUUUGUUUUAUAAUAAAAUGUGUGUAAGGUGUAUAUAUAUGCCGCACGUUUGAAAUAGAAGGCAUGCACACGAACCACCCGUGAGCAACAAAUUAAGCAAAAGGUUCGUGUUAUUAGCUGGCACGUGCGAGGCUCUCUACUCCAUAUGUUUGUUAUCAAGCUUUGUCGUAAUCGUUAUAUUAUUAAGGCUAGACAAAGUAUUUGUAUAUUUAAUUCGAUUCAUUAUAUGUUUCUAUUCGAACCAAAAUUUUGUAUAUCAGUAACUUUACAAAACAAAAUAAAUGAUGUUAUACAAUAUCCAUAAGAAAUAAUUUAAAUCAUAAAUACUAAUAUUUUUAAGAACGGAUAUCCGAUACGAUAUGAUCCGUUAUAUGCACACAUAUACAUAUAUUUCCAAAAUAAUACAUAUAUAAAUUAUAUAAAUUUAUAUUCGAUGUAAAUUUUAUAAUAUUUUAUAUAUUAAAUUUUAUAUUAUUUAUUAAAUUUUUAAAACUAAAUAAUUUUGAUGAAAUAUUAUUAUAAUACAUAAUUUUGAAUUUUUAUUUAUUUAAAUAUUAUAUUUUAUUUGUACAGAUCAAAUUGAAUAUUCAAUUAAAAAUAUCUAAACAAAUCAGAUAGUUGAUUGUUCACAACAAAACAUAUCAAAUUACGAAUGCUUCAAAAACCCUGAUAAUCGAUCGGUGCCACCAGGAGCGAAGCCACGUUGGUGGUUAAGGGUGCCCGUGCACCCAUUAUGUUAUAAUAAUUCUCAUGUUUUGCCUAGCAAUUGUAUCUCAGUUAGCUGAGUUGGCAAUUAGUGCACCCAUUAAUCUAUCAGUUCGUGAGUUCAAGGCACCCAUCACUCCAACUUUUUAUAUAUAUAUGUACAGAUAACAUAUUUUAUUUAAUAAAUGCACCCAUUAAAUUUUAUUGCUGGCUUCGCCCCUGGGUGCCACCCCAUAUUAACUUAUAGUUGAUCGCGUGGAGUCCCCUCCUCCAUUGUAUAUCUUCUUCUAUAAGUAGCUAGGGUUCCUCCUUCGCAAAAAUAUAUACUUUUUCUUGACUGAGUAUGUAUAUAUAUAUAUAUAUACAUUCUUUACAUUAUUAUAACUAUUAAGAAUAGUUAUGGGUCUAUGAAUGGUAUAUAUAUCCGAAGACGUAGGUGGUGAUCAAGAGUGGUUGGGUUCGAUGCUAGGCUUGUCAAAGUGAGCAAUCUUGUGUUCUCAUCUUGGUUUCGUUGUCUGUUCGACCUUGGCCUCGAUCUCUCAUCGAAACCCUAAUUCUACAACUUUGUUAACCCUUAUCGAUUAUUUCAUUAUUGCAUCCUUCUUAUGAUGAUAUAUAUCGUCAACUACUAGCCUACUAGGUAUCGAUUUGUGAUUAAUCAGGAUAUGAAUAAAAACUUCUUGUUUCUGAGUGUUCUAAAAAAAAAACUUUUCACACUGUUACACAUACUCAUACAAUUUGAUUGAAGCUGUAUAUGCUUAUAAGUCUUUUCGUCAACAUAGUUAUAAAUCUAUAUGUUCAUAUAAAUAGACACGUAUUUUUCUUCUUUUGCAUAAAGUUCUACUAAUUAUGUAUGCAGCUUUUCUAUAGGAAUGAACAAUUUGCAUUUGAAAAUUGAUGACAUGGCGCCCUAAAGAUAUAUAGAAGAAUUCGUGUAAAGGCAUUUGGUUAAUCUAGUUUUAAUGACAUGUUUUACCUAUAUGGAUUAGUAUGCAUAUUCUGUAUACGCUUAUAUGUAUGUAUACAUAUUGACGUGAGAGAGCUCCAUAUAGCUAAGCAUGCUUGUUGAAUCUGCACAUAUGCAUAGACCAUGAGUGUAGUGUAUGCAUAUACAGAUACGUGUCCUCUUGAGGUAAAAAAGUCUCCCUCUUUGAUAUUAACAAAUUCAUAUAAUCAUGUGACAUGUCUAUAGUGUUUUUAAUUUAUCUGACGUUGGGUAUUUCUCACAACAAACAGCAUAUUAAGAGUCGUUACUUCGUAAGGAGUCGAAAGCUGUAUUUAGUGUAUUUUGUCCGUAGAGUCAAGUUAUGUGUAUUUUGGAACAAAUAUUAAAAAGAGUUGUCUGUGGUGGUAAAAAACAAAAGCCAAGGUCGAUCAGACAACCAAACUAAGAUGGAACCAGAUCGGGACUGCUCCUUUGACAAAUCCACCAACUUCGCUGGGCUUAUAUACUUUUACACAUAUCUUUUUAUAUGUGUGCAUGGUUCAGUGGGCUGGAGUAAUUAGACGAAUUUUGGAAAAAGAAAAAGAAGAAGAAGAAGAAGAUCGAACCACCUCAAACCCUACCAACCCAUAAAAAAAAAUCACAUCAUGUUUGUCUUUUCUUUUUGUAACUGUAUCACAUCUUUUUGUUUGUCUCUUGGUUUCCUCUCUAAAACCCUUCUGGUCGGGUAGGUGCGUGUUCGACGCGUGAUUCAUGUCUUCCAAUUAAAGUACAGUAAAUACAUUUAUGAUUCAGUGUUGGUUUAAAA